UUGGAAAUCAUUUUGGGCUAAGCACCGAAACGGAGAAAAAAAGACAAACUACGGUGUAGAAAUUGCAGUCCCACAUCCAUUAUCGAAAUGACUAGCGCCAUUAAAAUAGAGCGAGACCGACAGGACAAGAAGUUUGGAUGGAUCCUGUCGAACCUCGCCAAAUUCGCUGUCAAGUCCAACGUCAACAACGCUCCCAAAGGCGUCACCGGUCCACAGAAACUUUUUAAGUUUGUGCAAGAGAGAUUGCAGGAUCCACCAACUUCACUUCCCUUAAAUAACUGUAAGAAACCUGAAGAUGUGAAAUUAGAGGAGAUGCAAACAAAAGUAGAAGAAAUGCUGGAAGAUAUGGCAAAAUUAAAACAGCAAAAUGAGACAUCAGCCAAAUGCACGGAGGUAACAGAACCUUUGAAGAAGGGACCCAAUGAAGGUAGCAGAAAGCUGGAUGUUUUGGGACCUGAGAAGAAGAGAAUUUUCAUUCGUUCUAGACUUUAAAAUAGAGCCAACUUUAAUGAUCUGAACACCUGAAUCUUUAAAAUGGCCAAAAUAACUGCAUUGUAGUUUUGAUUGUUGUUCUUAACAGUGUUGUGGAUAAACAAUGCAUAUUCUGUACCAUCAUAUGAAGUUCACAUCUUUUCCUGUGCA